UGAAUUUAAAAGCAGUGUCGAAGUGGUGAAAAAAAGGUUGAAAUUUAUUAUAUUCUGUGCUGUAAAGAAGGACGAUCUCUAGUUUAUCGUAUCAAAGGCAUCCUUUGCUAACUCUCGGAGUAAUUUCUGUAGUUUUAUCUAUCUAAAAAGGAACGAAAAUGGCGCAAAGACGAUUUGGAAAUGUUCUUUCGACUAUUUCAGAAGGAAAUAACCGAGAAAAUAAUAUCGGGAUGCGAGGCAAAGGCGCUGCUCAACGCGCGACUAGGGCAACCCUUGGUGAUAUUGGAAAUAAUGUUGGGACAUCAAUUCACGAUGGAAAGGUUGUUACACGCACUCAAAAAGAGCUAAACAUUCACACACGUCGACCUCUUCACAAAUCCAAGUCGACAACAUCGUUGUUGCCAAAAGCAGAGUUAAAAAAUGUCGAGAAGAAGGAAAGCGUCCCCUUGAGAAUCACGGAGCCCAUGGACAUGGAUGGUGUCGUUGAACAGGUCUCGAAAGCAAUGAAACAUUGUGAAAUCACAGAUAUUGAUGCUGAUGAUCACGAAAACCCGCAGUUAUGUGCUGAAUAUGCGAAUGAAAUCUAUCGCUACUUAUUGGAAUACGAGAGAAAUUUUAUCAUCCAUGAUUACAUGAACGAUCAGAAAGAAAUAAAUGCAAGAAUGCGGUCAAUCCUUGUUGACUGGCUCGUACAAGUUCAUGAAAAGUUUCGUCUUCUCCAAGAAACUCUUUACCUGACUGUUUCCUUCGUUGACAGAUAUUUAGCUAGAGAAACUGUGCUGAGAAGUGAACUCCAGUUAAUUGGGGUGACUGCAAUGCUCUUGGCUUCAAAGUAUGAGGAAAUGUAUGCUCCAGAGAUUGGAGACUUUGUUUACAUAACAGAUCAAGCCUAUGACAAAUGCACCAUCCGCAAGACUGAAUCCAAGAUGUUUGAAGCCUUAGACUACCAACUUGGUGAUCCCCUGUGUCUUCACUUUUUGAGGAGAAAUUCCAAAGCUGCUGUUUCUCGUUCUGAAACGCACACAAUGGCAAAGUUUUUCAUGGAAUUGAUGCUGGUUGACUAUGAUUCAGUAAAGUUUCUUCCAUCUUUGAAGGCUGCAAGUGCUUUAUAUCUAUCUUUGAAACUUCUUGACAAACAGGACUGGGAUUCAACGUUAGAACAUUACAGUUCGUACACGGAGCGCGCCCUAAAACCUUGCGUCCGACGUCUUGCGCAGUUGGUGAUGAAAGCGAAGAACAAGGACUCAAAGCUGACCGCAGUUGCGAACAAAUAUGCCAAACAUAAAUUCCUUAAAGUUAGCCUGUCGCCAGCUCUUGCGAGCGAUCAAAUUGACCACUUCGCCGACUCGCAGUGGUGACUGAUUGAUUUUUAAAUCAUCGUAAUUCCAUUGGACUAAAGCAUUAGCUGGUGCCCAUUUAAAGAAGAAUUUUAUGCUGAUUAGUAUUUUAUUAGUUUUAGACUGUCUGGAUUAUAAAGAUUAUAGUUGUUUUUAUUUAUUUUCCGUUAUCAAUGCGUGUACCAGUAUAUAGGGAAGUAACCUCGAUUUUGUAUUCGGUUUUUAUGCUGGGCUACAAGAGUAUGGUACAUGUGCAAUUUGCAAUAAAGAAUGUAAUAAUUUUCCUACAUAAUUGUAACAAAAACCAUAAGCAUGUACUUUCAGUUGACCUUGCUAUUCGUACAACCAUAUUUUAAAUUUUAAUCAUUCCAGAAAGCGGACAUUUGGUAGCUAAUUUCAUUAACGUAACACUUUGUUAAGUGGUGCAGGUCAACUUUCAUCCAAUUAAUGUGAAAAUGUAAAUAAGAAGGAAGGGUAGAUA